ACAAAAUCAAAGAAACCCCAAACGACGACCUUUAGCGCCCUCUGAAUAUGUGUAUAAGAGGGGCACUUAGGCUUUUAUUCGAAGAUAUUUUGUCCACUUUAUCAAUUUCUACUAUCAUUAAUUUUCCCAUUUAAAAAUUGAAUUUUCAGCUCUCAUUUACAUUUUUUUCAAUUCCUCCACACACGCCAUCCAAUUUCUGUCUUUGAUAUUUUUAAUUAGAGAGAGAAAAAGAAAAAGAAAAAACAAAGAGAGAAAGAGAGAAGAGAGAGGGUGUGUUUCUGGGUUUUGGAAAUUUCAGCCAAUAUCGAAAAACAAGAAGCCCCAUCAAUAAUAAUCAUCGAAGGAAUUUGAAAGGUCGAAACUUGAGCAUCUGGGAUCGCGAAAUUGGGGUUUUUGGUUAAAAGGGUAUUAUCUUCGGAACUGAUUGAUGGCAAACCUGUACGUGAAGGCGGUGCCACCGGCGGAUCUGAACAGGAACACGGAGUGGUUCACGUACCCUGGCGUUUGGACCACAUACAUCCUCAUCCUUUUCUUUUCUUGGAUCCUCGUACUCUCCGUCUUCGGUUGUUCCCCUGGCAUCGCUUGGACCAUCGUUAAUCUCGCACACUUUGCUGUAACAUAUCACUUUUUUCACUGGAAGAAAGGAACUCCAUUUGCGGAGGACCAAGGGAUCUACAAUAGAUUGACUUGGUGGGAGCAGGUAGACAAUGGAAAGCAGCUUACUCGGAACAGGAAGUUUCUCACAGUUGUUCCUUUGGUGCUGUACUUGAUAGCCUCACACACAACAGACUAUCAGAAUCCAAUGUUCUUAUUCAACACUGUUGCAGUGAUUGUGCUGGUUGUUGCAAAGUUCCCCCACAUGCACAAGGUCAGGAUAUUUGGAAUCAAUGCUGAUAAGUGAAAUGUUGCUGUGGCCAUGACACUUGGUUACCACUCCUUACCUGCUCAAGAGCCUCUUGUCCUUUUGUUCUGGAAAAAAAGGUCACACCUUUGUAUAGAAGGCAGAACUGGAAGGAUACUCAAGUAAUGUUUUGUUGCCAACUGCUUUUUAAGCUGCUUCUAAAAGUAUUAUUAAACAAAUAAAUAUGUUGAGUUAUUUCUGUACAGUAGAGAAGUAUAUGUAUCAGAUUAUAUCGGUGCUUUUAAAAUGUACCUUUCUUUUCUAGUAUUUUUUCCUUUAUUUGAUGCUUUAGAACUGAGAUAUACAAGGAUGAUCCUUUCCGUUGGUAUUAA